AUGAAAGCAGCUCAAAGUCGACAGAAGAGCUAUGCAGAUAAACGCCGCCGUCAGUUAGAAUUUGCGAUGGGAGAUAAGGUUUUCUUGAGAAUUUCACCAAUGAAAGGAGUUAUGAGAUUCGGAAAGAAAGGUAAGUUGAGUCCUAGAUACAUUGGGCCGUUUGAGAUUCUUGAUCGGUUUGGACCGGUGGCGUACAGGGUAGCUCUACCACCGGCGUUCUCGGGAGUGCAUAAUGUGUUCCAUGUGUCCAUGUUGAGAAAGUAUAUCCAUGACCCCACUCACAUCAUAGAUCAUGAACCCUUGCAGAUUCAAGAGGACAUGACCUACACCGAGGAACCAUUGCGGAUUCUGGACAGGAAAGAGCAAGUGUUGCGGAAUCGAACUAUUUCUUUGGUUAAAGUAUUGUGGAAUAAUCAUGCUAUCAAUGAAGCAUCUUGGGAAUUCGAGGAAGAGAUGCGAGUAAAGUAUCCUCACUUGUUCGAAAUAAAUUAUUAUAGCUUGUAACGAAUUCCGAG